AUGAUGUCCAUGUAUGUUUCAUCUACGCACGAUAACUGGGACCUCGUGCUACCCUACAUCACAUAUGCCUACAAUACCGCUUCCCAAGCUACAACUGCCUUCUCUCCAUUUUUUCUUCUGUACGGGCGCGAAGCUGUGUCACUUCUCGACUGUUUACUGCCACCGCUUGACGACGUCCCUCUGGAUUCCACUUCGGCUCGUGCUCUCUGCAAUGCUGAAGACGCAAGACAGCUAGCCCGUUAUCGCAUCAUAGACUCCCAGGACGGUCAAUGCCAGCGAUACAAUGCAACGCACCGCCCUGUCUCGUACACUCCGGGAGAUCUGGUAUGGAUGUGGACACCAACCCGACCAAUUGGACGCUCCGAGAAACUUCUCCCGCGCUACACCGGACCUUACCGCGUCGUGCGACGAGUCUCUGAUUUAAACUAUCAAGUGGAACCUUGUACGCCACCACGCGACCGAAGGACCCCCGCCCUUCAGCUGACUCAUGUCCUCCGCCUGAAGCCUUACACGCCAUGA